AUCAUUGCUCCCAUGCCCCAGAGGCUCCUCCUCCUCGGACCUCAACUCGACUCGGCUGCUCGGCGCCUCUUCCAAACGCGAGUGCAGCUCCUGAGCCACACAUCUGUGGAGCCGCUUGUCACUCCGCCCCCCCAGCGUGCGUUUUACCCGCCCUUCCGAGGACACCUACAUCAGUCCGCACUUGCGGUUUCUCUCUUCACUCCCGCAAGGUUCUCCCCCGCGCAGGAUGAGCACUCGGCUGAUCGCUCGCUGUCUCUGCUUCCGCAGGGGUCGCCCCGCUGCCCUCGGGAAGUUGCCGCUGAGCGCCCUGCACACAUCCAGUGUCCGAGGUGCAGAUCGUCUGCCUGUUAAGCCAGUCAACUCCUGCAGCUACAUCCAUGGGACUGCAGAUGUGCCCCUCUUACCCAAAACCGUAGGCCAGUGCUUGGAUGAGACUACAGAGAGGAUCCCUGACCGGGAGGCUUUGGUGUUCUUGAAAGAUGGCAUCAGGAAGACUUUCUCCCAAUUUAGGCAGGAUGUUGAUCAGCUGGCUGCAGGAUUACUGGCCAUCGGGCUCAAGAAAGGAGACAGAGUGGGAAUGUGGGGACCCAAUACAUACGAGUGGCUUCUUGUGCAGUUUGCCACAGCAAAGGCAGGCAUCAUAAUGGUGUGUGUGAAUCCUGCUUACAAAACCAAUGAACUGGAGUUUGCCCUCAGGAAGGUCGGCUGCAAUGCUAUUGUGUGCCCCACUCAGUUUAAAACUCAGAGGUAUUAUGACAUGCUAAAGGACAUCUGCCCUGAAAUUGAGCAGGCCUCUCCAGGAGGAAUAAAAAGCAAAAGACUUCCAGAUUUUCGCUCCAUCAUUAUGCUGGACAGCAAGUUGCCCGGUGCCUUUCAUAUGUCUGAAGUGAUGCAGGCAGCGAGCAGUGCCUACAUGCAGCAGCUCCAUGAUAUCCAGAAGAAGCUGUCAUUUGAUGAUCCCAUCAACAUCCAGUUUACGUCGGGCACCACUGGAAGCCCAAAAGGGGCCACCCUGUCUCAUCACAACAUCGUGAACAAUGCCAAUCAGAUUGGCACUAGGCUGGGCUUCCACUGGAAGAAUAUGCGUGCUUGCUUGGCAGUUCCACUGUUCCACUGUUUUGGGUCUGUAGGAGGUGCAAUGGUGAUGGCAAUACAUGGCAGUACCCUGGUUUUUCCCUCACCCAGCUUUGAUGGUCGCGCAGCUCUGGAGGCCAUUCAGACAGAAAGGUGUACUUACCUUUAUGGGACCCCAACUAUGUAUGUUGAUAUAAUGGGACAGCCCACCUUUGCAAACACUGACUUCUCUUCCCUGGAAGGAGGGAUAAUGGCCGGCUCCCCGUGUCCAUCUGAUUUGAUCAAGAAAGCCAUGACAUCCAUGAAUAUAACAGAACUUGUUAUUGGAUACGGCACAACUGAAAACAGCCCUGUGACCUUCCUUGGCUUUCCUCGGGAUGAAAUAAAUCGCAAGCUGGAAACUGUGGGAUUCAUUCUUCCUCACACAGAGGCAAAAGUGGUGAACCCAAGUACUGGGGAGAAACUUCCUCUCAAUACUUCUGGUGAAUUGAUGAUCCGGGGAUACUGCAUCAUGCUGGGCUACUGGAAUGACCCAGAGAAGAAUGCCGAAUGCAUCACUCCAGAGCGCUGGUAUAAAACGGGAGACCUUGCCACACUGGAUGAAUAUGGCUACUGCAAGAUUGUGGGACGCAUCAAAGACAUGAUCAUCCGUGGUGGUGAAAACAUCUACCCAGCAGAAAUUGAACAAUUUCUGUAUUCUUGCCCUAAAGUUGCUGAGGUCCAGGUGGUCGGGGUGAAGGAUGAGAAGAUGGGAGAGGAGGUGUGCGCCUGUAUCAGACUUGCACGAGGGGCAGAAAGCACAGCAGAAGAAAUCAAGGAUUUCUGUAAAGGCAAGAUUUCACAUUUUAAAAUACCUAGAUAUGUAGUUUUUAUGGAGGAUUAUCCACUGACAGUUACAGGAAAGAUUCAGAAGUUCAAGCUACGGGAGAAGGUAGAAGAAACUUUGGGAAUAAACAAGAAGUUCUAAGAAGACAAAAGCUAAACCUGCAAUUGCUGUUAAAAAAGAAGAUAAACCUUCAGAUCCUUAAGAAAUUGAAGUGGUGGCUGUGGUUACAGCAGAGCCGUGUUGUUCUUUAUCUUGUAUUCCUUGGUGAGCAGGCCUGUGUUGAGGGGUCGCUGUGGAGUGGCAGAAGGUGCCAGUCCAAGUGAACUCAACUGGGUGUGCAGUAAAGUUCCCCUUACCCAGCUGUGGUGGCAUCGGGUGGUAAGGCCUGUUGGGAGUCUUGAUGUGACCAAUGUUUGUAACUUCCUUUGGAGUGUCCUGUUCGCGUACCCAGCAGGUCGGCUGAUGAGACCUUCUGUGGUUUCUUUCUCUAAUCAGUUGGCUCUUCUCUUGUCUAAUUUUAUGUGGCAAAAUCAAUUUAUUAUCCUCCCAAAAAUGGAGUGCAGUUACCUUACAAAGCAGCUACUCAGAGUUCGGAGGAGUGGUCGCGAUUGUUUAUUAAGCUCAUGCUUUACUUUGGUCAUGUAUUCUGUUUGAAGUGUUUUUAUUUUAAUUUUAUAAUAAAAUUUUAUUCAUACGUA